AUGGGAAACAUCAAUGAGGUUGAAGAAAAGAUUGAUCGGAAACCAAAAGAAGCGCAACUAUUAUAUGCGGCUGAAAAUGGACAAUUUGAAAAACUAAGCUCUAUCCUUGCAGACAAAGACGUUCAAAUAGACAGCCCAAACAGUUCCGCGGUCACAGCGUUAUUUCUCGCCGCGAAAGAAGGACACGACGAAUGUCUAAGGUUAUUACUGGAAGCAGGAGCAUGUGUAAACGGAAUUGGCGUCCAGAACGCUUUAUCUCCUCUGUGGGUGGCGACUCAUGCCGGACAUAAAAACUGUGUUGAGAGAUUAGUAGCAGCAGGUGCUAAUCUCAAUACAAAGUUCCCCGAGACUCCUUUGUACAUUGCUGCCCGCGAGGGAAAGGCCGACUGUUUAAAGAUACUUAUUGAAGCUGGUAGUUGUGUAAACGUUAGAAAUAAUCGAGGUCAAAAUCCACUGCACAUCGCAUGUUCAGAAGUUCAUGAAAGCUGUGUGGAACUCUUGGUAAGUACAUAUAAUUUAAGUUUACAAAUGUAAAGGAUGGAAAUAUUAAUUUCCAUCCUUUACAUUUGUAUUUCGCCCUGCAUGUUUUAAGCAUUCAGCACUCCUAGGAUACGUGAAGUAAUAUAUGUGGAUUUUUUUGUUCAUUUUGUAAUUUAAGCUUAUAUGUAUUUUACAGGUCAAAUUUGAUUUCAGGUUAAAUAUUGUUAAUCUUUGUUGAGUCUCACUUUCCCUUAUCAUCCAGAGCUAGGAGAAAAAGUAAAUUGACAAUCAACCUGGUUUAAGUAAAAUUAACCUGAAAUUAAAUUUGACCUGUUACACAUCCAUAGGUAGGUAACAUAAGUACAUAGAUAACUUUACGCUGCACUGUUUAAGCUCAAUUGGAUGAGCACUGGUCUGCUGGCUGUGGGAGGUUAGAGGUUCAGACCUAGCCUGUGAGCAAGCUCUCCAUUUGGGAAGUCGCGAGAAGUCAUACAAGAGCAGCCAAGAGGAGAUGCGAGUGGGAAGGGCGGGGAAAAAAGGGAGAGCUUGUAACAAUCUCCCAUAAAUUUUCAUUCCACCCUGGAAACUGCAAAGCGUUAAAACAAUCACCAGAAACAAGAAAUGUGUCAGCCAUUUGUCAGGUACCCGCAUGGGGCCAAGCUGAAUGCGCCAGAGUUACUCAAGCAUUGUCAGCAUGCUAGAGCAUCCAGAUUAACUAGAGCCAAAAAAACCUAUACUCUCACAGGCUAUAGCGUUAUCCUUUCCAGGAUCAAAAUAUUACAAUUUCACAAGAAAAAACAAGACUACUAACAGAAGGCAAUUGGUGUGGACCAUCUAGAUAGGAUCCUAGCCUAUACAGCUGAGUCAGAUCUACAAUAUUCCUUGAAUUCAGGGGAAGCAUGUUGCUUCGAAGCCACUACAUUAUGUUUAAACUUCGGCGUCAUCAAUCAGAAUUAACUGGCGGUGCAUCAUUUUUCAGCCAAUAGUAUUUCGCUUCAUCUGGGCAAAGCAGAAAUGAAAUUUAAAAGAGAUCGUUGCAAGCUUUCUUUUCCCCCGCCCCAUGUGGCUUUGCCUCUUGCACGCACUUUCUCUUGCGACUUGCUUUGCUCGCCAUACUUGCUAGAAGGCUGAAUCAGACCGGGCUGGACCAAUGCUCAGGGUCUUUAAAUGACUAAUUAAAUUAAUUUGAAACUAAUUUACUGAUGAGAAAAUGCUGCUUCUGUAGUGAGAUCUAAAAACGGCUAACUUUCUAGUCUUCCUGGAGAAGGAUGAUAAACCACUGCUCCUGUCUCACAUUACCCUAGCUUGUGUAAAAUAUGUGGAAUGUUAAUGAACCCACAGUAUAUUUGUAAAGCAUUGCAUUUACUUUUAAACAGGAAUACUUAAUGUGAAGGCCAUAAUUUUUUUUUAAUAAAAAUGGUAGCACAAAAGAGCAGUGUAUUUUUGUCACUUUGCCCUGAGCUUGAUACUGGAAAGUAUUGCCUGGCUAGUAUACUACCACAAACUAUUAUUUUAAAAAUUACCUUAAGUAUUGUCUUUUUUUAAGACAAACACAGAAUGUGAGUUGGAUGCUAUGGACCACAGUGGUUGUACUCCUUUGCAUCAUGCUUGUAUAAAUGCACCAGAUGGUCACAGAUCUGUUAAGGUAUCACAAUCUAGAGACUAGUUUUGUCUGCAAAAUGCCAUUCCAUGGAUAUUUUAUGUGGAUAUCAUUUAUUAGCCUCCCAUAUAAGAGGAGCUGGGAAUGUGACACCCCCAGCAUGCAAAGAAAGUCAUGUCUGAUAGCCCUGGGCUAGUGGAUUUUGCUAUUGGGCUAGUGAUUUUUGUUCUUAACUUGCCCGACGGGCAAGUGCUGUUUUUUUGGGAAAUUCAAAUUACAGAAGGAUUUAGGGCUAGUUGAAAUGACUUGUGGGCUAGUACAUGCUAAGCUUCAGCUUGCCCGAAUGGUAGGCUGUAAAACUGACUUUUUUGCACCCUGCUUCCCUAAAUAAACCUGCAAAGGAGCUGGCUAUCAUUUAACACUUUUUCAUAUAUCUUAUGUUUGUUGCACUUUUAUCUUUUCAAUAAUUGAAGCAUUCAUUGUAAGGGAGCUAUCCUAUUCUUGCUAUGUUAUUUUGGCAGAAGAACUUGUAAUGGGUGCUUUCCCAAUACAGUGUACUUUAACAUAUUAUUGUCUAAGUCCUCUUGAUUUGUCUGCAUUUUUACCCCCUGGAAUUGAAAAUAAUCUGUACAUCUAAGGGCAAGCUGGUGGUGACUGUGAAAGACCAGUUUCUGCAUUAGAUAUAAAUAUGCAGUUCUGAAUGGAAUGAUCUUAAAAUCUGUAUAUUUUGAUCAAUGCUUGUGUUUCCCUGUAUCAAGGGGAAAAAAACUUCCUUCAAGCGUUAACUGAUGAAUCCAAACACAUCUAGGAAUAUAAUGGUGAUGACUUCAGGUUUCACUUUUUUUCCUAUUUCAAUUCCAAAAUCUUUGUACUUUGAUAUGUUUUCUAUUUCUUUCAAUGGCCUGGAAAUUACAAUAAUUUAUUGCCACCUAAGUAACAUUUUCUUUGUUUUAGCAAGUUUGCAUAGCAUCAUGCUACUCAUUACAGGUUGGAAAAGGGUUACUUUCGCUGUAUUGGUAGUCUCAUUCUCUUUAUUCUUUCAUUCAAGAUGCUUGUGCAAAAGGGAGCAGCAGUAAAUGUUUCAUCAAGAUACUGGAACCAUGCCACUUCUUUACAUUACUGUUCUCAACUUGGUAAAUUAGAGAAUAUAAAACUCCUGCUGAAUUAUGGUGCAAAUGUGUUCAUUAAAGACAAGUGUGGACAAACAGCAAGAGAGAGAGCUCACAAACACCCAGAGUGUGAAAAACUCCUGUGGGAAAAGGAAGGUGCGGCAUUGUCCUGGAGCGCUUUUCAAAAGUUGGAACUGGCCAUACCAGUCAUCUUAAAAAUGAAACUUUUUUGAGAGUUUUUGUUGAAAACCAAACAAUGCUAUGCAUAGUAUUUAGAAAUAGACUGAUUUGGUUGGACGACUCUGGUGAACAAUGGAAUUCUCUAUUGGAAUGGGCAGGUCUGGCCGGUCACUUCUGACUAUAAAUCCCGGGGGGGGUACUCCCAUACAUUACCUAUACGCGUAUGUGCCGCCCAACGGGGUCGUGAUUUUGAAGCUCCUGAUUUAGAACGGGGUAUCCAUUUCAGAGGUGGUCUACCUGUGCUAGAUUAACAAUAGGAGUAACUUUUUGCGGCAGUACUUUCCACUGAAUUUUUUCUUGCCAGAUCAUGGAAAAGACCUAUACUUAAAAAUCGCAAAACUUAUAACCCGCGACAAUUCAUUUCCACUUUCUUUCUUUCUUUUCCGUUUUUUUUUUUUUGCUUUGAAAGUACUGUAUUAAAAAAAAGUCUAGGUAAGUUUGAUUUGUAUCUCACUUUCCUAUUCUGUUCCUUUUUCUUUUCAGGAGACCCGCCCAGCUUACUUCAGCUUUGCUGCUGGACAAUAAGAGAAAUUCUUGGAGCUAAAAGACUUAACAGAGUUCAUGAACUACCCAUACCAUUGACAUUACAGUAUUCUAUACUUUGACAACUGAGUUAUACAACGACCAUAACAACACUGUAAAUACGUAGUGUAAUCAGUGUGAUUCAGUGUGUCAUAGUUGAGUCGAGAAAAGUGUAUAAAUCAGCGGUCUGUCUAGUUUAACUCCAUGGACACCAUCCGAACACGCAGUGUGUUUUUAUUUGCUGAGUAGGUGUUGACUUGGUUGGUUUGUUCUAAGUGGUAAGUUCGCGUUACAUUCAAGUCUCGCAAAAUUAAUUUGAUUUUAGUUUCCCUACGCGACAUGCAGUCAUUGGCAAUCCACAGUUAUUUCUUAGCCAAUUUUAACAACGAAAAUACACAUAUUUGAAGUGCGCCAUACAAGGAGGUGCCACGAAGAAAAACGGCUCAAACAGGCUCAAUAUUAUUAUGACAUCUGCCCUAAGGGUUUCUAAGUUCUAUAGCUUCUUAGUUGUAUUAAAUGAAAACAGAAC